AUGUUAUUCUUUAGUUUUUUCAAGACCCUUGUGGACCAAGAGGUCACUGUCGAAUUGAAAAAUGACAUAGAGAUAAAGGGAGUCUUGAAGUCAGUUGAUCAAUACUUGAACUUGAAGUUAGACAACAUAUCAUGCGUCAAUGAAGGAAAAUAUCCCCACUUACAAUCAGUCAAGAACUUGUUCAUAAGAGGAUCUACUGUUCGUUACGUCCAUAUGAGUCCAAACUCUGUGGAUUGCACUUUGUUGCAAGAUGCAUCUAGAAGAGGUAUGUAUGAUGGAGAAGGGAUAAAAAGGUAG